AGUGCAGCCAGGUGAAAGGGAACAGACCCCCUGAGCUGUGAAAAACUGUACUGUAUAUGACGACGGCGAUCCCGUAAAGGGAGAAAAAAAAACUGUCCUGUAUAUAUCAACAUAAUAAUAACAUAACAAAUUAUAGAGAAUUUUAGAGAAAGCUGGUUUAUGACGGCAUGACAAUUGUACGGAUAUCGUAAUCGUUUAUUAAUAUCUGGAUAUUAUUGUCGAAUAAUUGAACAAAGUGUACCGUUGCGAGUAGAAGCGACUUGAUUAACGUAAAAUUGCGACCGAAUUGCCCUGUAUUGGAGAAUGCACUUGUAAUGCGCGUGUAAAUUGACGUAGGCAUUUGUUUAGAGGAAUAUGACAGGAAUGUUUCAGUGACGUUUCGCAGAAUGGCAUCCGAGGACGUCAACUCUCAGGCAACAGCCUCUUCGGAGGAAGCUGGUCAGCCUGUCAGCAGUAUCUUGCAGCAAGAAAGUAAUAAUAAAGACGCGCAUGCAGCUAAGCCGCAGGCCCAGGUAAACCGUACGAGUAAUCUCCAAAGGAUACACCAGCGCAAGCAGCAGACGUACAACUGGCCGCAGGAGAAGAAACUGUUGAAGCUUGCGAAUUAUAGCGCCUGCCAGACGGAGGAAUGCAAGUGUACGGGCUGGAAAAACGCCCAACCGAUCAUAAGGUCGCCGAAGGGCGAGAUACAGCAGCCGGUGAUAAACUUGUUCGAUCCGUGCAAGAUAUGUACGCAUCCUCUGGAAAAUCACAUCAAGCACCUGCCGGUUCAGUCCGAGUUGGAAAUCAACAAAUUGUUGGGUAUGGCUAUCGACGCGGACAAUAUUUUUGCGUGCACGCACAGGGAGGCGGAUCUCGAUACCAAGAAAGUAUAUAUUUAUCUGUACAAAUUGUUGAGGAACUGUAUUUUAACUAUGGCAAAGCCUGCCGUGGAAGGCUCGUUGGGGAAACCGCCGUUCGAGAGACCCAACAUAGCAAAAGCAGUAAUGAACUUUGUUCUCUAUAAAUUUAGCCAUUUGCCGUCGAGAGAAUGGCAGGUUAUGUACGAUAUGGCAAAGAUGCUUUUACACUGCCUCAAUUAUUGGAACUUCGAAGCACCCAGUGCCAGACGGUUGACAACUAGCGCGGAGGAGGCUUCUAUCUACAAAAUUAAUUAUACCCGCUGGCUCGUCUUCUGCCACGUGCCUGCAUUUUGCGACUCGUUGCCGCAUUACGACACUCCUCUGGUUUUUGGCAAGACCCUGUUACAAGCUGUAUUCAGAUCAGUUUGCAGACAAUUAAUGGAUAAGUGUAAUAAUGAAAGGGACAAACUUGCACCGGACAAGAGAGUCUUGGUCUUAACGCAUUUCCCUAAGUUUCUUUCGUUGUUGGAAGUAGAAAUUUAUUCGGAUAAUUCGCCCAUUUGGGAUCCUGAAUUUAAACAACUUCCGCCUUCUCACUUUCAAACUGCCUUGGAAUCAAAGGCUCAAGCAAGGAAAACGGGCGAGUUCGAAAAGGUUACUGUCACUCCGAACGAGAAAGAUAAUUUUACAACGAUAAACAUCAGUCCUGGAAUUAAGAAAAUCCAGGAGAAGCGUCCUAACGCCGAAGGGCGUCUCGACGCAAAGAAGCGGAAAACUGACGAGACUUUUGAGGAUCUGCCGGACGAGGCCAUUGCUGAAAUUGUUGCAUCUAUUAACGACACUAAUUAUCUGUCUGGUUCUGAUGCAGUGUUUCCACCGAACGUGCCACGGGACGAAACCGCAAAGAUAGAAGAAAGUAAAAAGAUAAUAGAAUUUCAUGUAAUUGGAAACAGCCUUACGCGACCAGUCUCUAAGCAGACCAUGCUUUGGCUGAUUGGGCUACAAGAUGUGUUCAGUCAUCAAUUACCAAGAACGCCCAAAGAAUACAUUACUCAGCUUGUUUUUGAUCCAAAGCAUAAAACACUAGCUCUGAUAAAGGAUGGUCGUCCAAUCGGUGGGAUUUGCUUUUGUAUGUUUCCGACUCAAGGCUUUACAGAGAUAGUGUUUUGCGCUGUUACGAGCCACGAGCAAGUAAAAGGCUAUGGAACACACUUGAUGAAUAUGUUGAAAGAUUAUCACAUUAAGAACAACAUACUGCAUUUUCUUACAUUCGCGGAUGACUUUGCUAUUGGAUACUUUAAGAAACAGGGAUUUAGCAAAGAUAUAAAACUGCCCAAGACGGUGCACCAGGGGUACAUAAAAUAUUACGUGGGAGCAACGUUGAUGCAUUGCGAGCUAAACCCAAAAAUUGUAUAUACUGAAUUUACGGCAGUUAUUAGGAAGCAGAAGGAAAUAGUGAAAAAGCUGAUUCACCAAAGGCAACAGGAAAUACAGAAAGUGCAUCCCGGCUUAACGUGUUUUAAGGAAGGCUUAAGGGGAAUCCCAAUCGAGUGUAUCCCGGGGAUUCACGAGACUGGAUGGAAAAGUUGCGCUCAGACUAGAACGAGGGGCGUGACGAAAGGAAUGCAAGCUCCAGAACAAAUGGACACGAGCUUAGAUGUGCCAGAGUCACUAUGUAAUACACUAAAUGGUGUAUUGAACAGUGUGAAGAAACACGCCACAGCGUGGCCUUUUUUGAAACCUGUAGAUAAAAAUGAUGUUCCGGAUUACUACGAUCACAUCAAAUAUCCUAUGGAUCUCAAGACGAUGCAAGAUCGCUUGAAUACGGGAUACUAUGUAAUAAAGAGAUUAUUUAUAGCGGACAUGUCACGGAUUUUCACCAACUGUAGAUUGUAUAAUAGUCCUGACACUGAAUAUUACCGUUGUGCCAAUGCCUUGGAAAAGUACUUUCAAACGCGCAUGAAAGAAGUCGGACUCUGGGAUAAGUAGAGCCUUUAAGACUGUUAAUAAUUAUAACGUUGGCAAUUGUUACUUCCUAAUUUAUUCUUUUUACUAAGUAUUAUUGCUUUAGAAAGAAAAUCCAUAUCUCCAAAUCGUCGUUGCUUUUUUUUUGUAAUAUUUGUACAAAGGUAAAGUUAAACAGAUAUCCACACUCGUGGAAGUGCCUGUCGGAAUAAUUAAAAAAAAAAAAAGUUUUAUCUUUGUACCAUUCUUCACUUAUCUACAAUAUUUCUCAUUCUUUAUAUUCUUGAAAAUAUGCUUGUAUUUAUUACAGUUUUAAUUGAUUCCUUCAAAUACGUAUAUAUACAUAUAUUCCGACAUGCAUCUCACGUUAAUUCAAUGUGAAUAUACGCGUGUUGUGUGUGCAUGUGUACAUAAAUGCAUAUAGCUGUAUGCAUAAAGCUAAGUCGCUUGUCUAAUCAUAAUUAUGUAUUUCACAUAUUGAUUGCGCGAAUUGUUUAUACGUGGCCUUUUUACUAUGUUACGCUAUAUAGCAUUCUGAUGUUAAAAAUAUCAAGAGUGGUUUAUGCAAAAACUUCAGACUGAAGUGGGUACUUAAUUUCACAGCCUAAUUAAUAUCAUUAGUCGAGCAGUUAAUUAAGGAGCGUAAUACAGCAAUUAUAAAGAUCGCUCUAGUGGGCGAUCAGUCAAUGGAACAGUGAUUCUCUGUAAUGCACGUUGGUUUGUAAAGUAUUCUCAAAGGAACAGAGCUUGUUACCUGGAAGCGAUGUGAAUGAGAUAGAAUAAGACAGCACAUUUGCGUUAUAUGUUCAUAUCAAAAUUGAUAUAUGUGUGUGUCUGGAUGUACAUACAUGUAUAGAUAGAAUAAAUUGAUUGAUUGAACAAUUCUAUAACACAUGGUAACAACUUUUGAAGGGCCAAUAUAAUUGUAUCACAUUCUUCUAAAACUACGUAACGUUGUUUCCUAAAUAUGUCUUGUGAAACCGCCGGGCACUUCGAUUAUCUAUUUUUAGAAAAGUGCACACACUUAUGGGAGACAAUUUAGAACAAUUGAGACUUUUUAGCCCGUUAAUUCUACGAGCUUCCCUUACUUCCUUCGUUUCUUAUUUAAUUUUGUCAAUCUCUGGCGUAUAUGGAGAGAACUCGUUGAACGAAUAACAGUUAUGUUCUGCGAUCGAAUCUUGUUAGCUCGAUUCAUUUUACUUGUCAUUUAGCCAUCUAUCUUUAAAUAGACUUGAAUGACGGAGGGAAUUUUGUCUUUGAAUAAAAUUUGUUGGCUUGAACAAUUUUUGCAAAUGAAAUUACCCUCUUGCGUUAUGUUUGCAGUCUAGUGCAGAUUGUAGAGAGAUCGAUGCAGGAACGUAGGAAAACGCAUGCUCUAAUUACCGCGAGAACUUCGUGCAUUUAUUGAGGAUAACGCUAUAAGCAGUAGCUGCCAGUUAUAAUUGGCAUACAUUAAACAGCAAUUAAGUCUUUUAUUUAAAAAGAUACAUACAUAUUUCUCUAAAGGGUAAGAAACGCACGAAAGGAAUGCUAUCUAUAUUAAAUUUUACUUCUUUUCACAAUACGUACUGGUGACAAAAAAGUCACAAUUGUAAUAUGUACUUGUAUUAUAUUCUGUAUUAUACUAAGAGCGAAACACUACUUUUAAACAUAGUUUUAUUCAUAUCAUUUAUGCGCACGUUAUUUUUAAUGUUAAAAACUGUGCUAUGUUAACUAUGUUAAAAGCUAUGUAUUAUAUUUACAGAUUAUAUUCUCGUUAUUAAUACAUUCACUGUGUAAUUUACAAAUUUAUAAACAGGUUUUACCAAA